AUGGGUGCCAAAAGUCUUGUCGAUAGGCUCGUUGCUACUGCAUUAGACUUCGAUACCUCAGGUCUUCCUAUUGUCAGUUACUACUUAAGAUUAUAUGCUGUGGAGGAAAUUUUAAACGAAGAGAAUAGGUCAGGGGACCUAACACAACUAGCAUCCGAUUUACUGGGAAGCGUAGAGAGAUUCAAGAAUUCAGCUGAUUUGGACGAAGAUGACACUCAAAGGAAUGCUAUCCGCUCGUUGAUCCACGAUCAGGAAAAAGCAAAAGUUUAUGUGUCCAAUUUUGCAAUGUCUCUUUAUAAUGGUAAGCUUCAACAGAUACAACACGGACCGUGGGAUUUAAAUUUAAGAAGGGGUUUGUGGUGUUGUAUUGAUAUAUUUUCAUGUAUCAUCCAUCUGUGGGAUGAUCCAGACGGAAGCUAUAGGAAGCGUAUCAAAUACUGCAAGCUGUAUUUAAGUAAAUUAUCCAAGGGAGAACUUGGCGGCAUAUCUGGCAAUACAAAUAAUUUCAACAGCGGUGCCGGAAAACAAAAUGUGAUAGGACCAGAUUUAAAUACCUUAGAUGAAGACGAGACCUAUAAGGCCGCCAAGAAGGUUCCUUCUUUCGAAGGUGUAGAGGAGCCUGAAGCGCCACCUUCACAAUUGGACUAUGGUGACUUUGUGAGUGAUGCUGAUGACGUUAACACAUCAGAGGAUAAACUCAAUGAGAUGUUAGAAAGACUAAAAGCAAAAGAAGAAGACGACGAAGUAUCAACGCAGAGCGCUUCGGAGACAAAAGAAGAAGAAUCGUCUCCACUUUUCUUACCUCACGUUCCUAAAGAUGUUCCAAAAGAUGUUCCGAGCGGCAAUUCUGUUGGAAAUAGGCAGCAAGAGACAGAUACGAUACCAACGUUCUUGGAUUCUGAAGAUGAGUGUGAUAUUCAAAAUACCAUCAAAGAGGAGCCUAAAACAUACACGAGAGGCGAACUAAACAAUAUGAUGGAAAAGUCGAGUAAGAUUGAGAAAAUACAGCGUAUGGCGAAAUACGCUAUAAGUGCGCUUAAUUAUGAAGAUCUAUCAACAGCAGAGAGUGAACUAUCCGGUGCUUUGGAGAUUCUAAAAUCACUAAAAUAA